AAGGUCGUGCCAGGCCGUGCUACCGUAGCCGUGCUAUGACCUCCAAGAAUGCAUAUGCCGCGCUUUUCAAAGUGUGUCGUCAAGGCUGUCAGCUGCCAUGCUGAAACGAAAAAAAGAAAAAAAAAAAAGUGGUUACUUCUUUACGACUUCGGGCCGUUACCGGAAUUUCUGGCGUCAUGAGCGGGAAUGACCUUGUUCAACGUCAUUCGGGCGACGUAAAUUUCACUGGCCUUGGGCGAUGCUUCCUCACUUCCUCAGUCGAUUGAACGGUUUCUAGCCGAGGACGUUUUUGUCAACGACAGGAUGAUCCUUUCAGCGAUCACUGACCACCUUGGAUUUCGAGAAGGAGUGUUCUCUGUUGUGUUCUUAGUCACUGUUAUUUACAUUAAACACCUAUACAGAUAUAAAGAUUACUGGAAAAAACAAAAUGUUGUUCACGAAGAGCUCCAACUUUUCUGGCAUCCCAUAGCAAGGUUGCUCGAAAAGCCAAUUCACGAAAUUGACAUGGAUAAGCAGAAGAAAUAUGGAAAGAUUUUUGGUGCCUUUGAGGGACCUAAGCCAACACUGAUUGUCUCAGAUCCUAAUUUGGUGAAGCUUGUGCUUGUCAAGAGUUUCCAGUCUCUUCCAGACAGAAGACACAUGAAAUUGAAUGACCCAAUGUUGGACAACAUGAUGAGCAUGGUCACUGUAGACCGUUGGAGGAAGAUUCGACCUGCUGCUAGCCCUGCCUUUGCCACAGGGAGGCUCCGCAAGAUGAAUGAACUCAUUCAAGACUGCGCCCAAACCUCGAUGCAGCACUUGCUGAAAGUUGCUGAAGGUGGAAAAGAGCUGAACGCUAAGGAGUUCUUUGGACAUUAUGCGUUGGAUGUCAUUGCAAGGUGUGCCUUUGGGACAAAGCUUAAUUCCCACACCGAUCAAACCAAUGAGUUUGUUUCCAAAGCAAGGACAGCCUUCAAUGUGAAGGUUACACUACCAGUUAUCUUAUUCUUUUACAUCUGUGGACUGUUUCCAAUCAUUAUGAAGCUGCUAAAGCUGCGUUUCUUUGGCUCCGACACAUUUAUAUUCUUCAAAAAUGUCUGCUUGAAUAUGAUUGAGAAAAGGAAACUGUCUUCAAAGAAACACCAAGACUUCUUGCAGUUAAUGGUUGAUGCACAAGUUGGGGGCCUUCAGGGCAGCUGCGAAGUAUCGCAUGAUGCUGAAGACAAAUUAUACAACCUAGGCACAGAGCGAGCUGUUGAACAGACUGCUGACUUAAAAGCUUUAAAUGAAGAUGAAGCCCUGGCGCAGUGUGUUACUUUCUUCACUGCGGGACAAGACACAACCUCUUCAGUCAUUGCACACACUGCAUAUCUCCUAGCUCUGCACCCUGAAGUGCAGCAGAGACUGAGGGAGGGAGUGGAUGAUUGCUUCAAGAGAUGUGGUGGCGAGCCAUCAUUCGAUGAUAUUUCCAAACUUAAGUAUUUGAACUGUAUUGUCUCAGAAAGUUUGAGACUGUACCCGCCAGCUGUUCGUGUUGAGAGGACGGCUUGUGAAGACGUCACCCUUGGUGAUACUGGUUUCAAGCUUCCAAAAGAGUGCAUUGUGCAGAUACCGAUUUACGCGAUGCAUCGUGACCCCGAGUACUUUCCGGAUCCUGAGAAAUUUGAUCCUGAACGAUUCAGUGAAGAGAACAUUGGGUCAAUACAACCAUACUCCUACCUGCCAUUUGGGGCUGGACCAAGGAACUGCAUUGGGAUGAGAUUUGCCCUGCACGUUGUGAAGACAUGCCUCUUCCAUCUUGUGCACAAUGUGGAGCUGGUGCAAACACAGAGCACACAGGUGCCACUGAAGAUGGUCAAAAGUUUUGGCCUGCUGACGGCUGAGGAUAUAAUUGUUGGUGUGAAGAAGACGGAUUUCUGAGCUCGAGGCCUGUCCAGUAGCGCACCCAGGAUCUCUGCCAGGGAGGGGGGGGGGGGGUUGACAGUUUGCCAAUACCAUCUAAACAGCACUUAUUUCAAUUUCUUCACGGGAAAUUGUCAAACAAUGCGCUUUUUGCGAGUGUGCAAGGUAAGAAAAGGGGUUAAACAAAGGGGGGGAGGGUUAGGUCGGCCUCAGGGGGGGGGGGGGUUACAACCCCCGACGCUCCCCCCCCCUCCCCCGUCGGUGUGCCACUGGGCCUGACACAGCUGAAAUUCACUUUUGUGGUAAAGGACCACAUUCAACAUAAGAGACCUUGCCCUAGAUGUAAAUGGGGCUUAUGAUUGCCAUAGCAGCAAAUUCUUUAUGAAAUCCUCAUAUGUAUAACUAGCGCCUGUUGAAGCUUAGUAUGACAAAAUAUUGUGUGGAAGAAACGUGACGAAAUCGGACAGAAGCUGGCAUAAUUUAAAAAUUAUCAAGAACUUGUUUCGGCACCUAUCUGGGAGCCUUGUUUACGAUGAAGGUUAAAAAGGAUGAGCACAAGGCUAGAUGUGGCUGAGGACAUGAUGUAGUGUGCAAGCAUAGAUCAGAUUAGGAUUUUCAUCAUUUCUCUUCAAAUUUCAUGCAAAUUCCAUGCAUGAACUUGAAACUGUUGACAGCACUUACUUCCAGUCACUGUAGCGUUGGUCUCAUCACGUUGCUCUGCUACAUACAGUGAUUUAGAUAGCUGCACACGUUUGUAUUUUCUCAUGCUGAGUGGCACAAGCAUCGCUAUUCCUUUCGCAUUUAUCUCUGCUGCAAUCACACAAUUUCUGAGGCUCGAAAGAAACAGAUUUCUCGUCGGCAGCACGCACAUCAGCUCAGCGAUGGAUGCUGCACUCCGUACUCGCGUUGAAAUAAUUCCUAACGUAACAAACUUUGACCACGAUAGCAAUGUUGUACCUCUAAGAUGUGAAACUCAAGAAAUAGACAAGCUCUGUUCCAGUCAGACAUGGGGCGCUUGGCCUGGAUAACAUCGUCGCACUAUGGCCAAGCGCCUGGAGCCACUGGCGCGUGGCUCGCAGGGACCAAUCAAAGCGCUCGGUUGGCCGAGCGUCUCGACGGCCAGAUAUGAUGAGAAGGUUCGUCGAUGACUGCGGUGUCUACGAUACGCAGCACACGCAGUCACUCGCAACUGCAGCGCAUUUAGCGCAACAUUUGCUAUGUGCACGAUAGGGCUCGAACGCACGCUCGCACUCGUGUGCUCCAGUCUGGCCGCACUAUGUGAUGCGGACCAGCUUUGUCCUGCACGGAUAAAUCGAGAUUGCGCAUUUUGAAGCGAUGAGCUGUGGUGGCUAGAGUGUACUAGAACAAGGUUAAGUGGGACUAGUGGGCAGUACGGCGCAUGCUUUGCAGUGAGACGCCCGACCCACCACCUCGUCAAUUUAAAAAAAAAAAAUAAAGCAGGCACUGCCCGACCAUAGGUGUUCUGUGGCCUGACAACAAAAAAUACUGUGGCGGCGCUGCGAUCGAACUGGAUUUCAAAGUUGAUUCGGCCAUGGAAAGCCAUGGAAAGAGGUCACGCCCCUAGAGUUGCGCCAUUCGAAGCUGCUGGCGAUACUGCUUGGCAGUGUCGCUCGUACUACGCGCGCUAGUAUUUGCAAACGGACCAGUGGCGUAGCCAGACAAAUGUUCAGUCGUGUGUGUGGAGGGGGGGGGGCACAUUGCAGCGCGGCCUCCUCCUUGUAGAAUUUGUCGAGGGAUCAAAUACAUGAAUAAUAAAGACAUUGCCAAUGCCAUUGUGUAUUAGAUGCUGCAAACGAAUUCUUGUACGCUACGCACUGUCAAGACAAGUAGGUAAAAUAUGUAUUUUUCCAUAAAAGAAUAUAUUCGUAUGUGCCAAAAAUUGUGGCGGAAGAAGCUGAUAUCAGUGCUUCCAUGUUUUUUUGUCUUUGUAAUAAGUAAAGAAAAUAUUAUGCGAACUUUAGAACUAUAUCAGUUUGAAACCAGUGAAGCAGUGCAUGCAGCUGAUAAGAAAAACGUAAAGGCCAUAAAAUGAACAAGUUGAGGACAAAUAUUUUGAUGAAUCUUUGUCAUUCAGGAACCUUGUUUACACUUUUGUACAUAUGCAAAUGCCAGGGAAAAACCUCAAUGAUGAUACAAUGUAAUGUACAAAUACGAAGAUACAGCUUGAUAAAGGGCAAAAAAGUGUCGCUGGAAACAAUGUUCACUGCUUGUAUACACAAAACCCCGCAACAAGAUAUUUAAAUAUCUGUAUAAGUCUCCAAUAAAUCUACUUAUCUAAGCAAACGUUACAGUAUAUAAUGUGUCAAGCAAGGCGAAUAAACAUGUUGCGCAAUCACAGAUAGUGAACUUUACGCAUAAAAAGACGGACGAUCCAGGCAAGAACAGAACUAUGAUAACAGAAAUCAUGAUAUGUACUUCGGCCAUGCUGUGGUUGUGACAGCACCAUAUGGCUAGAAUAAUAGAGGAAGAAUGCAGAAAUCAACACAAAAAUGUCUAUUUUAACUGCCUGCACAGCGGCAAAAAUUAUUCUGUGCCCAAACUUACAGAAUGGUAUUGCUUCGAUUCAAAAAAGAAGUAAAAGCAGGUAUUUAAAAAGGAAAGAAAAGGAGAAAUGAAAGCCACAGAUGAUGCGGCAAGUUGAACUACCCUAUAUCCGAGUGUGUGUUGGGAAACAUCGCUUGGGCCAGGCUUUCAAUGAGCAAGGUCGGUCAAAAUUAGUUAUUGAUGUCCUCGUAAUUUUCAUAUUCCCAUGAUAAUUUUGAUCAUGAUGCUAUCUGUUACAAUAAAUGGUAAACAUUUCUGCGGUUUUAAAAGCUAAUGAACAGUCAUACAUUUUCAUAAUUACGCGUUUAUGGACCUGAAGGAACAGAGAUAUUUACUUCUAUUAAUCUAAAGGACACACUUCCCUUGGCGGGGAAGUUUAGCGAAGCGGUCAAUGACUUCAGACACGUUGAUGUCUACAUCUCUGUGGGCGUAUAGGAGCGCAAGACCAACCAUGCAUUCCUCAGACAUUUUCGACGC